UCUGACCUUCUCGUCGAACAAGUACUCCAGUAUGUCUACCUUCGCUUUCCUCCUCCUCUGCGUCCAGGCUUGCUUGGUCCAGAAUGUUUACAGCCAGUGCCUUGGUACUUUAGGCUGGGAAGCUGGUAUUGCUGGACCCUACGGUUAUGGUUUGAGAGACGGAAUCGUUGGAGACUACGGUCUCGGUAUUAGAGAUGGCCUUGCUGGACCUUUCGGCAUCGGAUUCAGAGACGGUUUUAUCGGUGAAGCUGCCUACGGAGGCUCCGGAGUCGGUGACGUGGCUGUCGCUGGUGAGAUGGGCGUUGCUGGUACCACCCUGGUCGCUGGUCAGGUGCCGAUCCUCGGUGCCGUAGGAUUCGAAGGCAUCGUUCCCGCCGCCGGAGCUGUGACCAUCGCUGGCAGCUGCGGUUGUGGUUGCGGCGCUUUCCGUUACUGAACAAAAAUUCUAUAAGCAAUACUGUAAAAAUGAAAUCAAAUAAAUGAUAUUGCACUA